AUGGCUACUGGACUCGACCCCAACCUGCUAGUGAAAGCAGGUGCAUUCACAAACAGCAACUAUCGCGAUGUAUACCCAGCCAUAGAUCCCACGCGCGGCAUCGCUCUAAUAGGCUAUGGCUUCUACAAACAAGAUCCAAAUCACCACCCCUUCAGCCUCACCGACCCAACAAUAAGCUACCCCCUCAGCCCAGAAACCGUAACAACAAAAACCCUCCUCCUAGUCAGCCUCUUCGCACCAGCAGUUCUAGUCGUCCUAAUCUGCGCGCUUGUCGUGCCGGGUAGUGCAGCAGCCACCAACCCCAAGUCCUCCGCGGCGCAGAUCAUCCGUCGCAAGAUCUGGGAAUGGAAUGCCGGAUGGAUGGGACUGGCGCUUGCGCUUGCGAUUGCGUUCUCUGGCUUGCUCUACUUGACUCUCUGGUUUUGUUCCAAGUUCUCCGUGGGAUUCCCUUAUCUUCCGCAUUAUCCCGUUGAGGACCAGAGCUUCGCUGAUGAUGCCACCUCCGUCCGGAGAAGGGGCGCUGCACCGCCUGUCUAUCUCAUGCUGAUCGCAUUCUUUCCGACGGCGACAGCUGCUUUUAUUGCUGGGUCGCGCUGGUUCAAUUACCGGCACCAUGGCUUUGAUAUCCUUUUCGGUUCGGCGCUUGGGAUCUUCUUCGCCUGGAUCGGGUUCAACAUGUACCAUCUCCCUAUCCGCCGUGGCGCGGGCUGGGCUUGGGGUGCGCGCAGUCGCAGGAGGGCAUUCCUGCGUGGUGUUGGAUUCCCUAGUUCGCUUGGAACUGACGGCUGGGCGUAUACACACAACAGUGACGUCGAGACACACGCCAAUGGUCACAGUAAUGGCCUCGGCACUGAUGUCGAGAUGGCACCUCAGGGUCGAGAUGCGCCGUUUGAAGGCCACGCUAAGCCGGGCAGUAGCUCUGGCAAUGGCGCCAGGCUCGAGGGAUGA